AGAGUGACAGCUGAUGAAGCUCCCGUACGAAGAGAGAGAGAGAGUGCGAGCCAUUCACCACGAGCUGUCCGGAUUAAAGUGUGGAAUCCACGACAGAUGAACACUUUGGACCGGCGAGUGAAAACGCGAGCUCUUUCAUUCGUUUGAAAGCAUCCGAGUAUUCCAGACACCGUCCUCUCUGGUCACGGAAACUUCCCUGACAUCGCGAAGUGGUCACCGAGUCCGGACUGAAUGGUUCCUAUGGAAGUCGGGAGCAACGAAAGGAAAUAGUCAAUAUGAAGUCGGAGGAUGCAGCCAGGCUUGAGUUCAACGAGGUCGCUCGUGAGCUCGGAGUCGAUGAUCUCAGCAAAGGACUCAGCUGGUCGGACGCCAACCGGAGGCUCCACCAGUUCGGGCCCAACGAUUUUUGUGUUCAAGAACAGGAGUCAUUGCUCAGCAAAUACCUAGAACAAUUCCAAAACCCUCUCAUCAUACUCCUCCUCGCAUCGGCAUUUGUGUCCAUUCUGAUGGGACAGUUUGACGAUGCCGUCAGCAUAACUGUAGCCAUCAUUAUCGUCGUAACGGUGGCGUUUGUUCAAGAAUAUAGGUCCGAGAAAUCCUUGGAGGAAUUGUCCAAACUUGUAGCUCAUGGAUGCGCCGUACUACGCGAUAAUCAAGUUGACCAUAUGUCGGCAAGGAAUCUCGUUCCGGGAGAUGUUGUUCUACUGCAACCGGGAGACAGAGUCCCCGCCGACGUUCGACUUUUCCACACGAAUCAAUUACAAAUCGAUGAGAGUUCUCUCACGGGCGAGACUGAGCCGGCUACCAAGCAGUCGGACGCUCUACUCUCGAGUGUUGGCGGCGUGAGCUCAAAGUCGAAUGUCGGUUUCAUGGGCACCCUCGUCAGGUACGGAAACGGUCGUGGUAUUGUGAUAAACACUGGCGAGAACUCCGAGUUCGGCGACAUCUUCAAGAUGAUGAAAGCGGAAGACUCCCCGAAAACACCGCUCCAAAAGAGUAUGGAUUCACUCGGCAAGCAGCUCAGCAUCUACUCGUUUUGCAUCAUUGGUGUCAUCAUGUUGCUGGGUUGGCUUCAGGGUAGACCCUUGACUUCGAUGUUCAACAUCGGGGUAUCCCUCGCGGUCGCUGCCAUUCCGGAAGGCCUACCCAUUGUUGUGACCGUAACUCUUGCUCUCGGAGUCAUGAGAAUGGCCAAACGGAAAGCCAUUGUGAAGAAACUCCCCACAGUAGAAACGCUCGGUUGCGUGAACGUCAUUUGUUCAGACAAAACUGGAACUUUAACUAGAAACGAGAUGACAGUGACAGACGUAGUGACAGCUGAUCUGUUCCGGAUGCAAUUGCGAGACGGUCACUCCAGUGGAAACAGCAACGACGAACUCUGUAGCGUCCGUCAGGUCCUGAUAUGCGGAGCCGUCUGCAACAAUGCGGACAUCGUAUCGGGUGUUGAAUCGCGGGGCCAGCCGACGGAAGCGGCCUUGCUGCUGGCAGCUGACAAGCUCGGCGUCUAUGACACUCGAAACGAUUACGUCAGGGAGGAAGAAAUACCCUUUAGCAGUGAGUCGAAGAUCAUGCUGGUCCGGGCUCAUCCCCGUGCAGAUCCAGAGAGCCAUUGUAUAUUCGCCAAGGGAUCGAUAGAAACCGUUCUGCAAAAAUGCGGGUACGCUCAACAACUUGGCAGUUUGCGGCCCAUGACAACCGAGCUGUACACGAAGUUCGAAGAAGAAGCGAUAAGUUUGGCUCGUCAAGGUCUCCGCGUUAUCGGACUCGCUAGCGGUCAGGACGGACAAGCCUUGACUUUCCUUGGGAUGGUCGGUAUUCUCGAUCCUCCGAGGAAUGGAGUCAGGGAAUCCAUCGAGACUCUGAGGAAUUGUUCCGUGGAGGUUAAGAUGGUCACCGGUGACGGCAUGGAAACUGCGCAAGCGAUCGCGCAGCGAAUCGGCCUGAAUAGAGGUCGAUGCAUGUCCGGACAGGAAAUCGAGGCCAUGAACGAAUACCAACUCGUAGAUCGGGUCAGAGAUGUUUCGGUGUUCUACAGAACGGGUCCCGCCCAUAAGUUACGAAUUGUGAAAGCCCUGCAAAGCAACGGCUUGAUCUGCGGCAUGACCGGGGACGGAGUCAAUGACGCCGUAGCUCUGAAGAAAUCGGAUAUCGGUAUCGCGAUGGGAAGAUCCGGAACCGACGUUUGCAAAGAAGCUGCGGACAUGAUUCUGUUGGAUGAUGACUUCUGUACGAUCAUGGCUGCAAUCGAAGAGGGCAAAGCCAUCUUCUACAACAUAAAAAACUUUGUGAGGUUCCAGCUCUCCACAUCGAUCAGCGCGCUCUCGCUCAUAGCCAUAUCCACCUUGAUGGGAAUGUCGAACCCCCUCAACGCUAUGCAGAUCCUCUGGAUAAAUAUCAUCAUGGACGGACCCCCGGCUCAGUCAUUGGGUGUUGAACCGGUCGACCAUGAUGUAUUGAAUCAGCCUCCUCGGGACACGAAGAAACCGAUGAUUGACAGAGGAUUGAUAAUCAAUGUACUCAUCUCAGCAUUCAUCAUCAUAUCCGGGACCAUCUACGUCUUCUUACGAGAGAUGAGCGAUCAGAAAGUCACCCGACGAGACACGACCAUGACCUUUACAUGCUUCGUCUUUUUCGACAUGUUCAAUGCUCUGUCAUGUCGUUCCCACACAAAAUCUGUGUUCAGCAUAGGGCUCCUCUCGAAUAAGGCUUUCAUCCUCGCCGUCGUCUUUUCUCUGGCGGGCCAGAUGCUCGUGAUUUACUCGCCGCCGUUGCAAUAUGUGUUCCAGACUGAGCCUCUCUCGGCCUACGACAUUCUCGAGUUGCUCAUUGUGUCCAGCAGUGUUUUCGUUUUCAGUGAAAUUAAAAAACUUUGGGAACGAAAGGGCUCCCCGCUCUUCAGUACCACAUUGGGCACCGAGAAGAAAGUGGGCGACUUCUGUGAUUAUGUAUAAAUGUUCUGCUCUCCUUCCAUGUUUGAAAAAUCGAGAUCCUCAGAGGUAUCAGAUCAAGGUGGAAAAUUAGCUACUUUUACGUACAGAGAACCUCUUGGGUGAGAUGGAUCGAUGUUAUCAUAAACGAUCAAAAGAUUGAACACGGUAUAAAGGAAAGUU